GUAAUGGCUUUAAUAAUAAAAGUCUUCUAUGAAAAAGAAAGCAUUCAAUUCCACUUUUUCCGCUUCCACCCCUUCUUUCUUUAUUUCAUUUCUCACCAGUUAACAUUAGAAACGCCUAGAAAAUCACUUCUUUGGACCACCACGUACACACUUUCAUCUAUAUAUAUCGGGGUAUUCCCUUGCAACGGUACAAUCAAAAUUAUUGAAGAAAGCAAAGCAAUAAUAAUUAUGGGCACAACAAUCAAAGUUCAUGGCACCCCACUCUCCACCGCCUUCCAACGAGCUGUGGUUUGCCUCCAUGAGAAAGAGGUCGACUACGAAUUAGUCCCCGUCGACAUGAGAGCCGGAGCACAUAAACAACAACCUUUCAUUUCUCUCAACCCAUUUGGUCAAGUUCCAGCUCUUGAACAUGGAGAUUUACAGCUCUUUGAAUCGAGGGCAAUUUCAAAGUACAUAGCAGAGGAGUACGCACAAAAGGGAACACAAUUGAUACCAACUGACUCCAAGAAGAAAGCGAUUGCAUCAGUUUGGAUGGAAGUUGAAGCUCAUCAAUUUGAUCCAGUCACAUCGAAAUUGGGGUGGGAGUUACUUUUCAAGCCUAUGUUUGGAUUAACCACAGAUCAGACUGUGGUGGAUGAGUAUGAGGCUAAAUUGGUGAAGGUUCUGGAUGUUUAUGAGAAUCGGCUCUCCAAAUCUAAGUAUUUGGGUGGCGAUUGCUUCACCUUAGCUGAUCUUCAUCACCUUCCUAACUUGCAAGGCUUGUUGGGAACAAAUAUGAAGAAUCACAUUGAGUCUCGUCCCCAUGUCAAAGCUUGGGUGGCUGAUAUAACUGCAAGGCCAGCUUGGGCUAAAGUUCUGGCCAUGCUUAAACCCUAGGCAAAGGUUAGACUAGUAUUGAGCAAAUUUAGUCAUUGAAUAAAAUGAGGAAUUGAUGUAUUUGACUCAUUGUCGUGUUUGUCAUUGCUUUUUUGUUGAACUUCAAUGAAAGUUGAUUAAAAAUAUAAAAAGUUUGUAGUUUUUACAUUAAGAAUGAAAAA